CGUGCUUGCCACUUCCACUUCGUCCUCCCAAACUAUAAAUUCCUCUCUCUGAAACUUGCUUUCUCUUUGGGGAGUCCUCUUGCUGAAACCUUACUUGCGGAGGUUAAUUAAAGCAGCGCGAAGCUCGACGAUUUCAUCUUGUUCGUCUAUCCCGCGAUUUUCUCAGAAGCGGAGAUCUGGCUGGUUGAACGACGAGGUGUGUUUUCUAGCCGAGUUCCAGCGCUUUUUUUCUCUGAGCGAAUUCAUCUGGACUCGGUACCCCAUGAAAUCGCUAGAAUUUGGUGUUGGAGGACAGAGAGAUUGUGUGUUUAGGUCGUGAGUUGCUGGAAAUAUUGUAAAAAGGAGGUGUCAAUAUGGGAGUUGACAUUGGGACAUUGUUGUCAAAGAUAACAACCUCUGAUCAUGCCUCCGUGGUGUCCAUGAACUUGUUUGUAGCUCUUAUCUGUGCCUGUAUUGUGAUUGGCCAUCUCUUGGAGGAAAGCCGUUGGAUGAAUGAAUCCAUUACAGCUCUCAUGAUUGGGGUGUGUACUGGCGUUGUAAUUCUACUUACUAGUGGAGGGACAAGCUCACACAUUUUGGUGUUCAGCGAAGAUCUUUUCUUCAUCUAUCUUCUUCCACCGAUCAUUUUUAAUGCUGGGUUCCAAGUGAAAAAGAAGCAAUUUUUUCGUAAUAUCUCAACUAUAAUGUUUUUUGGAGCCGUUGGUACUUUGAUAUCUUUCAUCAUCAUAUCAUUGGGAGCUAUUGGCAUCUUCAAGAAAAUGAAUAUUGGAAAUCUUGAGAUAGGAGAUUAUCUUGCAAUUGGAGCCAUUUUCUCUGCAACAGAUUCUGUGUGCACAUUGCAAGUACUCAAUCAGGAUGAAACACCUUUACUUUACAGUUUAGUCUUUGGAGAAGGAGUUGUAAAUGAUGCAACAUCUAUAGUCCUGUUCAAUGCAGUUCAAGACUUUGAUUUGUCCAAUAUAAACUCAGCCGUGGUUCUGCAAUUAUUUGGGAACUUUUUUUAUUUAUUUAUUCUGAGCACUCUCCUUGGAGUUGUUGCUGGCUUGCUGAGUGCGUAUGUUAUUAAGAAGCUUUACUUUGGAAGGCAUUCCACCGAUCGUGAGGUUGCUAUUAUGAUUCUUAUGGCUUAUUUAUCAUAUAUGCUAUCUGAAUUAUUUGCUUUAAGUGCCAUCUUGACUGUGUUCUUCUGCGGGAUUGUGAUGUCGCAUUACACUUGGCAUAAUGUCACUGAAAGUUCUAGAGUAACCACCAAGCAUGCUUUUGCCACACUGUCUUUUAUUUCUGAGAUAUUUAUAUUCCUUUAUGUUGGCAUGGAUGCUCUAGACAUUGAAAAAUGGAGAUUUGUAAGUGACAGCCCUGGAACAUCAAUCAAGGUUAGCUCAAUACUCUUGGGUUUGGUUUUGGUUGGAAGAGCAGCUUUUGUAUUUCCAUUGUCAUUUUUAUCCAAUGUGAUCAAGAAGUCCCCGGGUGAAAAGAUUGACAUAAGACAGCAAUUUAUUAUAUGGUGGGCUGGGCUUAUGCGUGGUGCUGUAUCUAUGGCUCUUGCUUAUAACCAGUUUACAAGGUCUGGAUACACUCAGUUGCGAGAGCAUGCAAUUAUGAUCACGAGCACCAUUACCGUUGUCCUCUUCAGCACAGUGGUUUUUGGGUUGAUAACAAAACCUUUGAUCAGAAUCCUACUGCCGUCGCCGAAACACCUAAGCAGAAUGAUAUCCUCGGAACCAAUCACCCCAAAGUCCUUCCUGGUCCCACUUCUUGGAGGAGGGGGAGAAGAGGGGAAUGGGGGGGUAGAAGAAGGGGGGCACGUGCCCCGCCCACCCAGCUUGAGAAUGUUGCUGGCAACCCCGUCCCACACGGUCCACCACUACUGGAGAAAAUUCGACGACGCAUUCAUGAGACCCGUCUUCGGUGGUCGUGGCUUUGUGCCCUAUGUUCCCGGCUCGCCCACCGAACAGAGCGAACAGCAACAACAAUGGCACUGAUACAGGUAGGCUUUGUAUGUAGCCUUUUUAUCUGCUCCUGACAACGAUGAUAAAGAAUGAUCCAUGAGGUUCUUGUGUGUACAUUCCUGGGACAAGCCCUGCUUUCUAUCGACCAGACUGAAAUUGUAGCUCAAUUUACCUCUUCCAAACUAGGUUGGUACGUGGGACCUUGGGUCUAUAUAUUGGGUAUUUAUUAGAGUAGAGAGAGUGUACUUUAUUUUUUUAUGUGUGGGUUUCUUUAAGUUGGCAGUCCAUUUUUAGCAUUACGGUAUUAUUUUGUGUAUAUGUAAUUGUUUCAACUGUUGUAUUUAAAAAAAAAAAAAGAAGAAGAAGUCCAAAUGCUUUGUACUUUUACGUAGUUUUUUUUCCAGCCAUGUAAUAAAACACGAGGUAUUUCGGUGUAUAU